AUGACCACAGAAGCAGAGGCAGAAGCAGAAAUUAUCGUCGUAGACUCGGGAGAGGAAUACAGUUCCAACUACACCUUCACUGACUCCGAAGUGACAUCCCUCCGCAGCAGCGUCGUCGACUACAUUUACGAAAACGGUCGGCGGUACCAUGCCUACCACGCAGGUGCAUACUGGGGCUCCAACGAUGAAAAGUCGAUAGACGCCAUGGAUAUUUGCCACUUUAUGUACAGUUUGUUGUUGCAUGGCCAAUUGUACCUCGCUCCUAUCGGCAGCCCCGAGCGAGUCCUGGAUGUGGGUACGGGGACCGGAGCGUGGGCUAUGGAGUUCGCCGACCUGCAUCCGACGGCCAAAGUCAUUGGCACGGACCUGUCGCCCAUCCAGCCAAACUUCGUGCCCCCCAAUCUGACAUUUGAGAUUGAUGACUGCUGUGAUGAGUGGAUGUACCGAGAUCCAUUUGACUUCAUCCAUGUGCGCGGGUUGUACGGCAGCGUGGCCGACUGGGACAAGUUCUAUGAGCAAGCCCUCAAACACCUCAAGCCAGGCGGAUACCUCGAACAAGUGGAAAUGAACGUCGCGCCAACUUCUGACGAUGGCAGCACCAACGGCACCAUCUACGACAAAUGGGGACCGGCCAACCUGGAGAGCGGCGACAAGUUCGGGAAGUCGUUUCGCAUUGUCGACGAGUCCAAACAGCGCAUGAUCGAUGCGGGAUUCGAGGAUGUGGUGGAGCGCAGGUACAAGCUGCCCAUCGGGCCGUGGGCAAAGGAUAAGCAUCUGAAGACUCUGGGACGGUACUUUCGUCUGGUGUGUGAAGAGAGCCUGGAGAUGUGGGUGAUGAUGCUGUGGACCAAGGUGCUAGGAUGGCCGAGAGACGAGGUCGAAGUGACACUGGCGGAAAUGAGACAGGCGUUUCGCAACCCCAAUCUUCACGCCUAUGCAAAUGUCACGGUCGUCUAUGGUCGCAAACCAGAGAAAUGA